CAUCCAGCAAACAACAUCUCGACACCUAUCCCGGUACCAUCUUACGGAUCAGCUAUCGUUAUGGACAGAUUAUCCUCAUCCCGAAAGGCGGAGAGGCGCCGUCAUUCGUCGCCUUAUGCUAGGCCUGCAGAGACACCGCGUAGACAGCGUCGUUCGACAUCGCCAGAGACUCCGAAGAGUAGUAUUAUUCAACGCGCUAGGUCGUUCUUGAGCCCGCUUUUCCGUGGGACGCCGUCGAAGCACGAGGAUAACGACGAGGAAGAGGAUGAUGAGGGUGAGACCGAGGGAUCUGGGUCUGAGAUGGAGGAAGACCAGGAUGAGGAAGGCUCCGGUCAAGAAGAGAGUGGUAGUGUCGGCGACAGAAUCGGGCGUGGCGGCCUUCUCAAGAGGCUUAGCCUCAGGAGACUCCCCGAAAUUCCUCCUCUUCGCCGCCGGCGCAACAACCUCCUCCAACCCCCUCUUCCCUUCAUCCUCCUUCACCGGCGUUCCCGGCUCUGCAAUCGCAGAAGCGUCUUCCUCCUCGUCGCCCUCCCUCCAAAGAAGCCGAGAAGCCAGACCGCCUCGGCUCUCCUCGACAUCUUAGGCGAGGCAGAGUCCCGUGAGCCGGCGUCGAAUGAUACGUAUGUCCCCCCUACUGAUCUAUCGGUUUUCUUGAACCCGUACGCGAAGGAGGGCGGUGCCACGCCCAAGAAGACAGAGAGAAAGAGGGCGGAGGAGGCGGCGAAGUCUCACACUCCGAAAAAGGCGGAGAGAAGCGCAAUUGAGGUUAUUGAGCGGACGGCACCUAAGCCCGCUGAGACGGAGCAGAAGAAGGAGAAGUCAGCAUCGCCUGCGCCGCCCAAUUUGCAUUCGUUUACGCCGAGCAAGACGACGGGAACGCCAGUAGGGACUCCGUCGAAGUUUGAGUACAACAAGUACAAGCCUGUGCGGAGCUCGAAAUUGAGUCAGGGCUUCUCGGUGCCCAGUCCGGAUCCGGUUGAGAAGGUUGACAAUAACAAGGAGGAGGAGAAGACGGAGGAGGUGAAGGAGAAGCCCGCGACUCCUGUGAUUAGUUUCGAUGCGAGUGCGGCGAAGCCUGCGGCGGCGUUCUCGUUUGGUGCACCUGCUGCUGUUGCGAAGAAGGAGGAAGAAAAGAAGGAGGAGCCUGCGCCGAUUGCUGGCUUCUCGUUUGGUGCGCCGAAGACUGCCGUGCCUCCCCCUGCUCCUUCAUUCUCGUUUGGGGUGCCGGCUGCAAAGCCUGCUAAAGAGGAGGAGGCAGCCCUGGUUACUACUGCUACUUCUUCGGGAUUCAGCUUCAAGCAGCCUACUACUGUCUCGGACGAGUUAAACUCAUCCGUUGACACCAGUGCCAGUUUGUUCGCGUUCAAGCCUUCGAGCGAUGAGAGUGCCAAGACCUCUGCUACCGUGUCUUCUGCCACUAUCUCUUCUUUGGUCUUCUCCAAGACUGCUGAGAAGGAUGUGAAGGAGUUGGCUGCGGACACGGAUGUUAAGGGUCUUUCUUCGUACAGCUUUACGGUGUUGCCGGUUGCUGAUACCACGUCUGCUGCAGCGAAGAAGGCGUUGGUUAUCCCGGUGAGUGAGUUGCAAGUGUACGACUUUACCAAGAAGGCAGAGGUUAUCCAGACGCAGACGCAUCAGGCUACGCUUAGUUUUGAUUGGGCUGCUGCUGGGAUGAAGAUGCCGCAGAAGGCUGUGGAUGAGUGGGGUUGUGAUGUCUGUCUGGUCACCAACAAAGCCACCGCUGACAAGUGUAUUUCGUGCGAGACGCCGAAGCCAGCGCAGAAGACAGCGGCGAACACGCAUGUUUCGACACCGAGUUUUGAUUGGGCUGCUGCUGGGAUGAAGAUGCCGCAGAAGGCUGUGGAUGAGUGGGGUUGUGAUAUGCCGCAGAAGGCUGUGGAUGAGUGGGGUUGUGAUGUCUGUCUAGUCACCAACAAAGCCACCGCUGACAAGUGUAUUUCGUGCGAGACGCCGAAGCCAGCGCAGAAGACAGCGGCGAACACGCAUGUUUCGACACCGAGUUUUGAUUGGACGGCUGCUGGGAUGAAGCUUCCGCAGAGGGCGGCUGAUGAGUGGGAGUGUGGGGCUUGUAUGGUUACGAAUAAGGGGGAUGCUGGGCGGUGUAUUGCUUGUGAGAAUCCUAAGUCCUAAGAUGGAGGGGGAAAAUCUGAUGUGGGGAGUUGGUGUGGUGGGUGCGGUUGUGCAGUGUCUGACGAGUAUUCUACAGCAUAGCCUGUCGUGAGGGGUCUUUUGGUGAUAUGAAGGAUUUUAUGAUAAUAAAAUAUGGUAAUCAAAACAUUCUCUCGGUGU